AUGCACUUAAUGUAUUAUCUUGAUGAAAACAAUAAUCGAAUUUAUACUCUUAAGAAAUUUUCACCUUGUGGCAAAGUGACAAAAUCUGCUCAUCCGGCUAGAUUUUCACCUGAUGAUAAAUUUUCUCAAUACAGAGUUACUUUAAAGAAAAGGUUUAAAAUAUUAUUAACACAAAUUCCUAGUAAACCUUUAUAA